GCGGCCAUAUCAACAUUUUAAAUGUCUGCUUCCUUAGGAAAUGCGCGCCGGAUUCGGAGAUGACAAGAUUUUCGCAGAUUUAGCGGCUUCAUAGCGUUGUUACGAUGUAACAUCAGUUACGUUACACGUGUACUGACUAUGUAAGCCUGUGUGAGCUUUUAUGAUGUCAAACAGAUCUCCUGACCCCAUCUAUACCUUGCGAGGUCACAGUGGCCCCAUAACAACGGUCGAGUUUUUCGACGAUAUUCUUUUCUCAGGAUCAUCUGACGGUGAAAUAUUUGCUUGGGACCUUGAGACUUUUAGAAGAAAACACAUCUUAGUGGGACACAACAAUAAAGGGAUUUUAUGGAUCGGCCAUUCCCAAAAAGCUGUGAUAACCCAGGGUCGGGACGGCACUGUGGCGAUUUGGUCGUUGAGUGACAACCAGUGGAAGCAAUCAGGUACCAUAGUGACAGAUUCGAAAGGAUUCUGCCAGUGCAGCCUUCCUGGUGCUGCGUCGAACCUGAUUGCCGCACCCUCCGAGCCAGACUGGAAGAUUACAGUAUGGGACUUGGAAAGCAAGAAGCCCGUCGCAUCCACUCUCGAGCCAAAGAAACGCCUCGGCAUGGCAAUGUGCAUUAAGCUCAGCAAUGACUGCAACAACGUUCUUGCCGCUUAUGAGAAUGGCAGCAUCAUCGAAUAUGACAUCCGAAGUGGUGGUGCACCGGUCUCGACAGUGACAUUGUACUCAGAACCAAUAAUGUGCAUGGACUUCGAUGAAAUCCACAGGGCAAACAGGGGAAUAUGCGGUUCGGUGUCUAACGACCUGUGCCUGUUUGAACGAGAUAAAGGACAACUUCUUGAGAAGCGGAGGCUGACAGUCACAAAUGAUGGCUUCUGUUCUCUGCAAAUACGUCCCGAUGGCAAGAUUGUUGCAUCGGGUGGUUGGGAUGGGAGAAUACGCGUAUUCAGCUGGAAGAACCUGAAACCGCUUGCGGUGCUGGACGUGCACAAGGAGUCUGUGCAAGCUGUGAGAUUCUCGGAAAGAGAUUUGUGCAAAGCGGGCGUGCUUCUUGCUGCGGGCAGCAAAGAUAGGACAGUGUCAUUAUGGUCUCUGUACAACUGAAUUUGAUGACCAUUUUGCUGUCACAAAAUAAACAGCACGAACGAA